AUGUCGACACUCAGUCAUCACCCGUACGCGUUCUCCAUGCACCCCGGCAUGCUGCCGGAGUAUCCCAGCGCUCCGCAGCCCCUCCCGGCCUCUUCGCCUCAAUCGGAGGGACACAUCAAGAGACCGAUGAACGCUUUCAUGGUGUGGUCCCGCCUGCAGCGCAGACAGAUCGCCAAGGACAACCCGAAGAUGCACAAUUCGGAGAUAUCGAAGCGCCUCGGGGCAGAGUGGAAGCUGCUAUCGGAGAUGCAAAAGAGACCGUUCAUAGAUGAAGCGAAACGGCUCCGCGCGUUGCACAUGAAGGAGCACCCAGACUACAAAUACAGGCCACGAAGGAAGCCGAAACCCCCGACGCCCGGCAGCGCGCCCGGCGCUGGCGCAUUUCCAAGUUUCCCGUUGCCCUACUUCGCCGGACCGGCUCCGACAGUGGGACAUCUAGAUGCUCUAUCUUACCCGGCGGUGCCACCGUAUUUUCCCCAUCAAUUGGACCACUUACAGUUCUCUAAGUUAAUGGCACCGACGGCGGAGAAGUUGCCGACGGCGUCUUCUGCGGCGGCGGUUGUAUCGUCCUUCUAUUCAUCGUUAUACACCACACCGACGGGUCCUCCGAAGCCGUUCUCUUCACCGUUGUUCCAUCAGUACGGAGCGCCACCGUCGCCAGUAUCACCUGCAACGCCAACCCAGCACAGUCCGCACGACGACCAACUCAGGCGGCCCGUUUCCGUGAUCUAUUGA